AUGGCCACUUCAGCACCUCAUUCCCCUGCCCAUCGGGAUGGCAAUUCUUACUUCGAUAUCUCACCCGAUCGACCAUCGCCUUCCAAACUACUCCGUAUUCAUCAGUUAAAUAUGGACAGAGCAUCAUCCCUCCCGCCACGACGACUUUCUUCACCUGCGAAGAGAGUUCCACAAAUUCGGCCCCGCUUGAAUCAGUAUUUCACGCUGGAUCACGCCGUCUCACUCUUCAAAUCGUCCAAGAAUAUCAUCAUCUUGACGGGCGCUGGGAUUUCCACUUCCCUGGGAGUACCGGAUUUUCGUUCUGCCAAUGGUGUUUACAACCUACUCGUUGAUUCGGUCUAUGACGAUCCACAGGAAUUGUUCCACAUCGACAAUUUCAAGGCUGACCCGGAAGAGUUUUUCAGACAGGCUGCCAAAGUGUUUCCGAAGAUGCAGGGUCUCGUGCCCGCUGAAGGCGGUGUCGGUUCAAGCGAGUCAAGCCACGAUACUUCGAUCCCUUUGAUUCCAAAAUACAGUUUAACCCACGCCUUUAUCUCUAUGUUACAGUCGAAGGGGAAGCUUCUGACAAAUUACACUCAAAACAUCGAUGGUCUAGAGGUUGCCGCAGGUGUAUCUCCCUCGAAACUGAUCCAGUGUCAUGGCACCCUAGCAACCGCCACCUGCAUGAGCUGUGGGAAACGAACAACCGCCAGGAAAUACAUGCCCGUUGUGCGGGCAGGAGGAGUACCCUAUUGUAAAUGCACCUUGGUCGAUGGAGGUCCUAAACCGAGAACUAGCAGCAAGGGCCGAGGACGCAGCGGCAAAAAGAAACGCAAGCGGGACGAAUUCGAAGAUACAGACUCGGAAGACUCGGCGGCGAAGAGGGAUUUUCCGAAAGGCCUUCUCAAACCAGACAUGACCUUCUUUGGCGAGGACAUCGCAGAUUCUUAUGCUCCUCGACUGAAAAUUGACAAAAGCAAGGUAGACCUGCUUGUUAUUGUCGGCACGUCUCUGAAAGUCGAGCCUGUGAAUGAAAUGCUCCUCAAUAUUCCUCCAACGGUGCCACAGAUCUGGAUAAGUAAAGACAGGUGCCAGCGUGAAGGGGUCAAAGUUGAUAUUGAACUUUUGGGCGAGUGUGACCUGGUCUUGGAAGAAAUUGCUCGCCGAGCAGGAUGGGAAGAUGCGUUGAAGGAGAGACUAUGGUCUAGAGAAAAGUCCUUGAGCGCAAAGGAUCAGUCUACGAAGAAACUCAAUUCCAACAAAUCGCAAGCUAAAGAUGAACCCAGAAACGGCGAUCCAUCACCAGUGAAAAAAGAAGGAUCCCUUCAAAUACGGCCAAAAGCAAACGAAACAGCUGGCCCCACGACUACGUCCGCCAGGAACAUUGUUAUCAAAGUCAAUGACCAGGAGAUGGCCCCAUCUGCAAAGACUGAUAUGGAGCACAAACAGAGACAAGUACCUAAGGGAAAUGGCACUGGUACCGGUACCGGUAACGUCGACGUCGGAGUUGACGCAGACAAGCGCAAACCGGGAUGCAGCCAUGCUACUGCGCAAGACCACAACCUGGAACCCGAAAAGAAAACACAACCUCAUUCACCUUCAAAAGUCAUUGUCGAGCUCGAAGAAGGUACCAGGUCGAGAUGGUAUAUCAGACGCGCCAAGUGA